GUUUUUGAGGCGCGCCUCAAGCUGAGGCGUUUGAACAGUGCCUCAAGUCGUGCGCCUUGCUGAGAAGAAGUGAGGCGUACGCCUCAUGGGGUGAGGCGUUGAGUUGAGGCGUGAGGCGUUGAGGCGUAAGAGGCGUGCGCCUCAAAUUUUGUGUGUGAAAUGGGCUAUUUCAGCCCAAAAAAAAAGGCCCAAAUUAGUAUUUUAAAUUUAGUUUUCUGUUACCUAAUUUAAAAGACUUGAAAAACUUUAAAAAAGCCCAAUAAACAUUAAUAAAAAAGCCCAAUAAAAUACUUAAGUGAGCCCAAAUAAAACUUAAAAAUAAAACCCUAGUUUUUUAUAUAUUAGCAGCUCUCUUUCUUCACAGCAGCACACACACAUAGCUGCUGCCCCUGCCCCCUGCCUUCCCACGAAAAAAAAAAAACUUGCUUCUUCUUCACAGCACUACAGCAGCUCGAGUUCACCUUGCUGCCCCACCCCUGCUCCUCCAUUUUCACUGUCUUCCUCCACGAGUUCACUGCCUUUUCCCUCUUCUCAUCACAGAAAAAAAAAAAACCUUGCUGGUUUUGUUGCUGCCUUGUCCGAGUUAGUUGCUGCUGCCUUUUCUUUGUUCCAUAGAUAAGAAAAUGAAUAGAAAAUCAAAAUUGAGUAGCUUUGGUGUUGGAGGAGCUAGUGGCAGCGGUAGUGUUGAUGGUAAUAAUAAUAAUAGUCUUGGAAAUAGAAAAGAUCCGGCUUGGAAGCAUGGUGUUGAAGUUGAUACUUCGGGUGGAAAUGCUGAAAACAAGAAAAAUUAUAUUUACAUGGAGUGUAAAUACUGUAGAAAGCUUAUUACGGGUGGUGUUGCAAGGUUGAAACAACACCUUGCUCACACUAGGAAAGGUGUUGCACCAUGUAAGGAGGUUCCCGAAGAAGUUAAGAAUGAAUUUGUGGAGCUCUUGAAACAAAAAACAUUAGAAAAGCGUGUGGCUCAAAUGAAAUUCGAAGAGAUGGUUGAGUCGGGAUCUUAUUACACUAAGACUAGUGCUCCCGUGUCUGCUAGAGGUGUAAGAGGACCAAUUGAUAGGUUUGUGUGUGAUGGUAUUGAUAGGACAGCCGCUGAAAAUAUCCAUAUAACUUCCAAAAAUGAGAAAGAAAUGCGUGAUAAUGUUUGCAUGGACAUUGGGAGGUGUUUCUAUGAGAAUGCUUUGCCUUUUCAUUUGGCUAAGAGUCCUUCCUUUAUCAAUAUGUGUCGCUCGAUUGGAAAUUAUGGUAGGGGAUUGAAACCUCCUAGUAUGUAUGAGCUUAGGACUUGGAUAUUGAAGGAGGAGAUAAAGACUACCGACACUAUAGUUGAGGAUAUUAAAAAGACAUGGCCAUCAACGGGAGUUUCAAUAAUGUCUGAUGGAUGGUCCGACGGUAGAAAUCGAAGCAUACUUAACAUCUUGAUCAACAAUCCUAAGGGCACUGUGUUUUUGAAAAGUAUUGAUGCCUCCUCAUUUAGUAAAAAUGCAGAAAAGUUGUUUAAAAUGUUGGAUGACGUUAUUGAAGAAAUUGGAGAGCAUCUUGUUGUUCAAGUGGUUACUGAUAAUGCUAGUGCCUACAAAGCGGCGGGUACAUUAUUGAUGGAGAAAAGAAAGCAUCUCUAUUGGACUCCAUGUGCUGCACACUGUAUUGAUUUGAUGCUUGAAAGAAUUGGAGAGUUGCCACAACAUGCAUCUGCUUUGAGUAAAGCAAAAAAAUUGAGCAAGUAUAUUUACAAUCAUCAAUUGGUCCUAGACAUGAUGAGAAAAUUUGCCAAAAGAGACAUUGUAAGACCUGCUGCCACUAGAUUUGCAACUGCAUUUCUUACACUACAAAGCAUUUAUCAAGUGAGACAACCUUUGGAGGCUAUGUUUACUUCUGAAGAGUGGAUAGAGUGUCCUUGGGCAGCUAAACCAGAUGGAAAAGAAGCAAGAAAAACAGUUUUGAAGGACAAGAACUUUUGGCCAAGUGUGAUUUAUGCUAUUAGGACCACAAGUCCUUUAGUUGAAGUGCUAAGGUUAGUUGAUGGUGAUAAGGAACCGGCUAUGGGAUUUCUCUAUAAUGCAAUGGAUAAGGCGAAGGAAAAGAUAGCAAAUAAUUUGGGUGGAGAAGAAAAAGAUUACAAGGAGAUAUGGGAAAUCAUUGAUGAGAAAUGGGAAUUUCAAUUACAUCGACAUUUGCAUGCUGCUGCCUACUAUUUGAAUCCCCGCUGUCAUUAUGCAGAAGAUUUUUCCAACCAUCCAGAGGUCAAGUUGGGUUUGUUUCAUUGUAUGGACAGACUUAUCCCAGAUCCCAAAGAAAGAGAAAAAGCUGACCUUCAAUGUAGCAUUUUUCACAACAAGGAAGGCUUCUUUGGAUUUACCCAAGCUAAACAGACAUUUGAAAAACGAUCACCAGUGGAUUGGUGGACUCAAUAUGGAGAUGGCACGCCAGAGUUACAAAAAUUUGCCAUCAAAGUAUUAGGUCUUACUUGCUCGGCAUCAGGAUGCGAGCGAAAUUGGAGCACUUUCAAUCAAGUUCAUACAAAAAAAAAAAAAGAAAUCGAUUGA